CGACAACGUCGAUAAAGAUCAAUAACGUUGAUAUUUCCUGUGCUCGAUGACAUUUAAUUUUCCAAGGACGCUUAUUGGAAAAAUAAAAUUCUUUAAGAAAAUUUUAUUUACAAUAUAUUUGCUUUCUUGUAGUUUUUAUGAUAAAGCUAGUUUUGUUUCGCUGAUACGUUCGAAUUCAGUUAGCUGAUUGCUAUUAAAAGAUUAUACAUACAAGUAGUGGGUGUAGUGAUGCAACAGUUGUCUCAUUUUGUGUAAUGUAUCACUGUCGGCAAGAAUAGAAAUCGUUCAGUUAAUGUAUAUAGAAAUUGUUCACUCAAUGUAUAUAGAAAUCUGAAUUUGGUUUUGGACUUGGUCCAGUUGGACUCGUUCUUCCUCAAUGGUGCUGAGAAAUGCAGAAAAAAAAAUUCUUUCAUAUUUAAAAACUGUAUACAGAGGAACUUAUGUGGAUAUCGGGCCAGUUGUUGGACCAGCUGCAGACAAAAUUUGGACGAUAUCACUAAAUGAGGAAUCUCCUAAAACACCAGUUGUUUUGCUCCAUGGUUUUGCUGCUGGUGUAGCUCUCUGGGCUUUAAAUCUCGAUACUCUUGCCAAGUACAGGCCUGUUUAUGCCAUCGAUUUGUUAGGAUUUGGCAGAAGUAGUCGACCAAAUUUUAGUAAAGACGCAGAAGAAGCAGAGAACCAGUUUAUCAGAUCAGUGGAAGAAUGGAGAAAGCAAAUGCAAUUGGACAAAGUUGUUUUACUUGGACAUUCUAUGGGUGGCUUUCUAGCUGCCUCUUAUGCUAUUCAACACCCUGAAAGAGUGAAGCAUCUGAUUCUUGCUGAACCAUGGGGAUUUACAGAAAAGCCUCCAGAAACAGAGAAGAAAGUCCAAGUACCUCUCUGGGUCAAAGCAAUUGCAUAUUUAGUUCAGCCACUGAAUCCAUUAUGGGCUGUCAGAUUUGCUGGACCUUAUGGUCAACGUCUUAUUGAAACUAUGAGACCAGAUUUAAUGAGAAAAUUUGCUCCAGUAUCAAAUAAUGAUCCUACAAUCAUUGCACAAUAUAUACACCAAUGUAAUGCUCAAACACCAUCAGGAGAAAGUGCAUUUCAUGCUAUGAUGCAAGGUUUUAUUUGGGCGAAAAAUCCCAUGCUUAAGAGAAUUGACAAAAUAGAUCCCGAAAUACCUAUAACGGUUUUGUAUGGAAGCAAAUCUUGGAUAGAUAAUUCAGGUGAAAAAAUAAAAAAUUCAAGACCAUCUUCAUACGUUAAUGUUCAGAUAAUCAAUGGCUCUGGACAUCAUAUUUAUGUAGACAAAAGUGACAUUUUUAAUCGCUGCGUAUUAGAAGCGGCAGCUCUGAGUGAGAAAUAUGAAAAAUUGACGAAUACGAUGAAUGCCAGAACAGAAUUUAAAAACAAUCCGAUUAUGGUUGAAAACAAAACUGAAGUCAGAAGAGAACAAUUGGAUAACAUAGCUGAGGCUGAAAGGCCGCGAAGUAGUUGAGAAUUAGAGUAAACGAAACUCUUGCAGUUUCGUUGCUUUUAUUUAGUGACUUUAAAUGUUCUUGAUUAUAUUCGUGAUUUCGUCGUAUAAUUAAUGUGAUGAUUUUUAACUAUUUUUACAAAUAUCGUGAAAUUUCUUAAUAGACCCGAUUACUCAAAAUUUUCUCUUAUUAUGUAAGAAUAUUCUCAAUCUUUUUCAAAGAAAUUGACCAAUUUUAGUUAGUCGAAUUUCUAGAUCGUGCGAUAUACAACAUAAUAGGUAUAUGAAAGUAUUCGCAUAUACUAAAAGCGAGUGAAUUUGUUGAUUUAUACUUUUGCAAAGUUUAAUAUAUCUAUAUCUAAAGCUGGUUGUAACAUCAUGUUCCUUAUUUGCUAAGGAAUUUGAUCGUUAGCAACCACUUAUAGGUAUAAUGUUAUAGUUUAUUGCUUUUUAUUGUUGAUUACUCUAAUUAGAAAGAAUCGUAUGAAUGACCGGUUAUUGGGUUACCACAUAUAGGCGUUUCAAAGAUACUACAUGACCGCUGCACUAACUAAUUUAACUGAUUAGAUAAAAAGCGCUAGGAUUUUAUUUUUGUGUUAUCUAUUUGAUAAAUAUGGGUGCAUGUCCGUCCGCUGUAUGAUUCCAAAUGCAAGAAUUAAAAGUGAAGAUAGAAUGAUUCUGGUAGUCAUUUCUUUCAUUUAAAAAAUAAAUUCUAUAUUGCCGAGCAAAGUUAUAUCAGAAUUGGUAAUGCGUUGAACAUAGGAAUCCGAAAUGUUUACCAUAUAUUAAUUAUAUAAUUCUAUAAUCGAUUUAAGAGGAUCUUGGAGCAUAUUGAGAAAAUUUACUUAUUUUUAAACGUGAAAAUAUCUAACUUAGCUAACCUUUUUAAAUUACUUAAGGAAAAGGGUUGAGUGAAAUAUAUACAAAUAGCUUAAAA